UAGUUUCGAUGAGUGAGUCAUAAAGUUGAAGUUUCAAAAUUGAAGAGAAAAGUGUGUGAACAAAAUGGUCAACAUUGGGGAUAAAAAUUAUCAACUUUUUCGAAACUUGAAGAGAACAUCAUGGUACUACAGCGUGGAAUAUACAGAAGACAUGAUCCACAUAUCUCCAAAAGAAAGUGAUAGCCAUGGAUUUGGGCCAAAAGUUAAGCCUGUAAAAUUUCUGUCAAGUUUGUUCAAACGGAAAAAAGGAAGUCAAGAAGAUGGACCCGUUGUUAAAGUAGAAGAAGCUUCAUAUCCAGAUAGUUUAGCUCCCAGCAUGGAUAGGAAUGUUAAUAUUUCAGGAGUUGCAAGAGUGCCUUCAACUUUGUCAGUAAGAGAGAUAUUAUUGUCGCCAUGUCCACUGUCCCCCGCCCCCUCAACUCCAGCGCGUAGCAGAGACAUCGACUUGGAUAUGGAGACUCUGCGGAUCUCCAGACAUGAUAACCCUUUCCUCAAGCAAGUUCUUGCCAGCAGAGAAAGUUUAGCUGACAGUCUGGAAGAAUCGGAAUCUGAUGAUAUCAACUUGAUGGCUCAGGAAUUCGGAGGUGACCUAGAAGACCCUCUCUCACUACCAGAAGUACACGAACACAUGAUUCGUUCACCACCACCCACAUCGUGGCCACGAUCGCCCAAUUUCAAAUUGUUUCGAUUUCCAGAUAUGGAUCAAUCAUCCAGUCAGAAGAGCCGAUCAGAGGAUCGACAAGCUCAAUGUCUUCACCGCGACUUCCCCUCCCCCCUCGCCCGCACCAGAGAUCGAACAGCGAUUGCAAAGAGCGCGCAUUCUCUCUACUGAACCCGACACCUUUGCGCUCUCUCUCAGAUGUGCGUCGUCUCCAUAACAGAGCUGAGGACAGCCAAAGUCUGGUUGCCAUGGAAACGCCACCCACCAAUGUCACCUAGCUCACGCUCAUUCAUUCAUUACUACACCAUCUACUACAUUCCAUUCAUAAAUUACACCACUCACUACAUCCCAUUCAUUAAACGAUGGAGUUACUAUACUUGGUAAGUUACUAUCGUUAGCUGGGUCGCAUAUGAGUUACUAAGAUUGUGUAUUAGGUAUGGCAAAUGCUACUGUGAAAUUCACUUUAAACUGUCAGCAUUAUUUCAAUGAAAAGCUUUUAUUGUUAUCUAUAAGGAUUGCUGACAGUUUAAAUUGAAUCUUAAUAUAGGAUGAUUCAUUAUAAUUAUGUCAUAAUGAUUGUGAACUGUGAAGUUUCUAUUCUUAGUAAGUUAUUGUCAUAAUCUGGAACGCUUGAUUUGGCUGGAAUAAGUUACUAUGAUGGCGAGUUAUUUGGAAGAUGAUUAAAUGAUUCAUGAUCUUGUCACUACUGUGAUCGAUAAGUUACUAUAUUUUACUGGUUACUAGAACUAGAACUUACUAUACUAGUAAGUUACUAAUAGUAAGCUGAUCUCACAGUUUACCUUGUAUGAGUUACUAUGAUUGCGAGUUUUUUGGAAGAUGCUAGGAGGAAAGUGGGGGCAGUAAUUAUAAACAUUUUCAAGUGCCCCAUUACUCAGUCAGAUACGAUUACAGUAUCCUAUAUAUAUCUGGUCAGAUAUCUUUGAUGGUGAUCUUUUAUCGAAUAGUUGAUAGUCUAACAAGGGUCUUUCUUAUAGGGAAUCAAAUCUUUGAUAGAAGUUGAUGAAAUAUCUAUGAUCAUUUACUUUAUUUUCCAAGUUUCUCAAAUUCUUUUUAAUUGAUAAAUCCUUUUUUAUAUGUUAAAUAAUAUUAAUUAUUAUUAUUAAUAAUAAUAUAAUGAUAAUUCUAUUGUGAACUUUUAAUUCGAGAUCCAAACGGAAUAAACCUAUGAUUUACCUAUAAAACUUGUAAUGGGGCCCAAAUGAAACAAUGUUUUAGCAAAGCUUGCUUUGUUUCCAUAGAAACCAAAAUCAGAAUCGUCAAACCAACUAGAUUGAGAUUCACUUACUUGAGACUCACAUCAUUGGAUGAAUGGUGAGCAUUGAUGUUAUUCAUAACCAAUGUGAACUGUUUGAAGUGGAUUCAAAAGAAUAGCUCUGAUCAGUUCACCAAAACGUCUUUUGCUAGGAUAGUUCUCAAACGCGUUUAUAAAUACGGCCUUGAAUGAGAUGUGAUUGAUGUUCUACAUUAUAAAAGAACAUAAAUAUAUUGUAUUAGUUACCUACUUCACUCUUGAGUUAUCCUAUUAUAAGUUACAUUGUAAUAUUCCUCUGUUGAGAGAGAUGGGUUUUAUGAAGGAUUCUAAACAUAACUUUAAUUCUCUACACAUUCCUACCAAGUUACCAGUUAUACAAAUUAUAUAUGUUGAGUUUUUACUUAUUUUCGUAUUCAAGUUACGACAUUAUUGUGUGAGUAAUUGAAGAUAAAUACUUGUAUGAGUUACUAGAAUAGUGUAAAUUCAAAAUUUAUUCGAUAAUUCAUGAAUAAGAGAGAAGUGAAGUAAGUGAAAAGAGAAAGUUAAGAAGCUGUCGAUCAAUUAAAACUAGCAAAACUUAAGAAAUACCUAUCCAAUGAAAAUAUAGUAGUUCUAUUUUAAAUAAUAAAAUCUUGGUCGUUCUAGAUUGAUAUGAUACAUAGAUGCAUCUAAUCUGAUUAAAUUAUGAAAAUUGUUGUUUUGGUCAUGAAAUUUAUUCUCUAUAAUAAUAAUAUAUAGUUCAAUUUUAUUGUUACUUGAUAAAUCGGCUCGAAUAUUUUAUAUACAUUAUGAUAAAGGUUGUCUUUGAAGAAAAUUAUAUAUUUGUAAACCAGCUAUUGUAAUUAAGCUACUAUUUAAAUUCCUUUAAGCUUGUACUUGUUAAUUGUACUUCUAGUAGAUUUUUAUUUCUGUAAAUUGUCAAACCACAACGAAGAUCUUAGUCAUUGCUUUUUUGAAUAAAACAAUCAAUCCCAAAUAAGGUAGUCUAUAGUUGCCCUAUGAUGUCCUUAUUUCGUUGCUCCAGUGCUCUUGGAUAUUCCAUUCUUAUUAGCACAAAUCCAUGUUUAGAUAAAAUAAGAAGAAAUUGUCUCAACUACACAAAAAGUAAUUUUUGGAUGUUCCUGAAAAAACUCAUUUUACCUAAAUUCUUUGUCAUUGAAAUCGAUUUACGAGCUUUUUAAAACUUCAAAUUUACCAAAUGCAUAUUCCAUUUUAUUCUUAAGUUAAACUUGAUUAUAUUAUUCGUUAUAUUUUUCCUUAAACUUCUAUUUUUUCUUCAUUUACUAUUACAUUUCAUCUUGUGAUCAUUAUUUACCUAUAAUUGAGGUAAUUGUAUAACUCUCUUCAAAACGAAAUCAUAGAUUAGAUAAAACUGAAGAAUUAUCUGCUUGGAUAAUAAUAUGUAGCCUAUUUUAUAUAGAAAAGAAAACAUUCCUAUUGACAGACAUAUAUCAAACUCUAAAACUAUAUAAAUCAUUGUUGAAGACUUCAAAUUACAUCAACUCAGAUUAUCACUAUUAAUUUAUGUUAUGCAGGCUACAAUCAAUUAAUUGCCUAUACUUGUAGAAAAUUGUGUUUUUUCUUAUCAGUAGUCUAGUAAUAACUUACUUUAUCAUAAUUUUUCCUGCUUUGAUUAGAAAAAAUCAAUUCUUCUAGCUUGAAACUGUCACUGUAUUUGAAUUAUAGCUCUUUCAUUUUCACUUCAACUUAUGGCUUUUAGAUAACAAGAAUAUCCAAGAAUAUUCAUUGUCUUGUUAAAAACGCAAGAUAUCUGAUGAGUGAUUUUGUCUGGGAUUUCUUCUUUGCACUGGGUUCGAUCAGCCGCUAGGUCUGACAUUUCCAACCAGAAUUCACUCACCACAUACGCACAAAUCAUAUUCUUUCUUCAUUUUAUCCACAGUUUUUUAUUGGCAAAUAUAAUAUAUUUAUCACUUCACAUCUAACUCGUACUCAAGAGUUACUUUGAAGACUCUUCUACUCAAUCACUUUUACUUAACUUGUACGUGUUUCUUUUUUUAAUUUAUUUUGAAAAAAUCAUUUAUUAUUCAUAGUUACACAUUUAUGCAUCUAAAAUUCCACCAAAUCCCAGUUUCUAUUUUAACAUUCAAUUUAUUCGAGAUAUUAUAUUAUCUGCAUUAUUUUUACAAAUCAAUAUAGCUGAUUCAUUUCCAAUUUUAAAUUAUUAGUUGAAGUUAACAUCUCAUCAAUAUGAUGAGAUUUUAUUAAAACAUUAUACUGAGUCCAUUAAUAAAGCAUCCCUAAUUUUAAAAUUGAGUUACAAAAGCAUGUGAAUGAUGCAGGAUAUAUUCACCUUUAUUGAUGAACACUCAAUUUUUGUAACUACUUAUUAAAAUUAGAGAGGUUCUAUUACUGAAUCCUAUUCAUAACUGCAACUGUUAACAUGUGAACACUAAAAUAUUUUGUAAAUGAUACAGAAAUAAUGUUAAAUGUUGAAUAAUUAUAAAAAAUAUGAAACAUAGUCUGCCUUCUAUAUGUGUAAUAGUUUGCAUGUUUCUGAUUAUUAUAGAUAUAUAUUUUAGAAAAAUAGCUGUUUUUGAGUUGAGCGUUAAAAAAAAUUGAAAAAAUUUAUUUCGAAAUACACAGUAUUGUUAAUGUUAUGUAUAUUAGAAAUUUGGCAGGACCAAAUAUAUAAUGUGUGUGUAUGUGUAAGUAUUGGAUAGACAAACUUAUUUCACUAUAAAUCUAUUAUAAAUUAAUCGUAUUUUUGUAUUAGUUCAGUACACAAAACAUUCUAAACUUAAAAUAGGUAGAAUAAACAAUAUAUGUUGUUGUACGUGGUUUCAAGAUGUUAUUAUACUAUUUUGGCUGUAGAAGUAUUAUAAUACUAUGGAAUAAACAAAAAACUAUACGAAAUUCAGGUGAUUAGUAGAUUAAAACAAAACAAUAAAUAAAACUAUAAACUACAACAAAUAAUAAUAAUGGAAAGAAAUAACUAUAUCAGAUAAAAAUCUAUUAGUUGGUUGCCAUUUAAAUAAAAAUAGAAUUCAAAUAUUGUUAUAUUAGCUAGUGUAAUAUAUUAUGAUAUGUGUAAAUCAACCUAUUAUAUAGUUUGUAUCAACGUUUUAUAAUUUCAUACAUUUUAUAAAAGUUUUAUAUUCGUUGCCUGACAUGAAUUGUUAUUUUUUAAUGUGAUAAUAUUGAACACUUUAGCUUGCUUACUUCACGUGCUUUUUCUAUAGUCUUGACUAGCUUCUAUUUUUUAUUGAAAUAUCAAUUAUUGUAAGUGCAAUAAUAUUGACUGUAAUGAACAGAAACGAAUAGAAUUAAGAAUGCUUCACUCUAUUGAAUUACUUACCUCAAUGAUUGAUCUCUUAAUAAGUGAUUAUUUUAUCAAACCUUUUUUUCCUCUAAGUAGUUCAAGUAAUGACUCAUCUUUUCCACGUUCUCAACUCAGAUCGCACAAAUCAAUUUUUUCCAUUAGAAAUUUGCUAAGAUAGAUAAUCUACUACUGUCAUCACCUAUACAUAAAUAGGUACUAUAAAAAACGUGUCGUUUCUCGUAUCAUUAAUACGUCUAUCUAUCUAUUACAUUCAAUAUUAUUAUACAGAUCUUAAAUAAAAGUAGAAUAUUUUUGUAAUCCACUUCACUAUAAAUUUGAGACACAGUAAGUUUCUCAUUAUAGAUUCACAUUCAAUUUACUGGAAAAAAACCAGAUUUCUCAUUAUUGUUUUUUUGCCCCAAUUUCAAGAAAUAUACAAGAACUCAACCCAUUUUCAAUAAAGUAGUUACGAAGGAUUCAUUCUUUUCUAUUGAAUUCCUAACUUUCCUUCAGGGUAAAUGAUUUUUAAUUACCGAAUUAUAUUUUUAUCAAGAAGUUUUUUGAGUUCUUCAAGAAAUUAAUAAUUAGUUGUAGAAUUCAGAUUCCAAAAAAAUAUGUAUUACAAAUUAUUCCAGACAAGUAUUAGAUUCACUGUUUCUGAAAUUUUUAUUCAAUAAAAUUUUAUUAUUUCAUUCAAUGUCAUCUGAGGUGAAAUCCUACACAGUCAUAAAAUUUAUGUUUAUGAUAUUUAAUAUCUUAGAUUACAAAAAUUGAUAAAACUAAAAUAUAUUGGAUAUAUUUCAAAGUUCCAUACAAGUUGUAGUGUUUGACUAAAUAGAAAGUACUAAGAUACUAUAUUCAGUAUAUUUCCGUGUAUAUUUAGCUAUACUACUUGAAAAAAUGUAUCAUGCAUCCUAAUUUAUCGGUAGUCAAGAUUAUACUAGUCAUUAUUGUAUUUUUAUCUGCUGGUCGGAUACAAAGUAAUCAUUUGUUAGUUCUAUUGCAUUCUGUUUGUAAGGAAAAUUAUUUCCAAAAUGUUGAAUAAAUGGUUCGUCCAAA